CACAGCUUUAGGAUAGGUUUCGGUGGCCCUUUCAUUUUUCUUUACGCAUCUUUCGUUUUCUCCAUUCAAGAUUUCCGGCUUUCAUCUCACAAUCACAAUCACAAUCCAAGAUGAGUGAUGAAGCUAACACAACCGAAAAUCAAGUUCAGCGUUCUGCACCUCUGAAACUGAAUGAGAGGAUCCUUUCGUCUCUAUCAAGGAGAUCAGUUGCUGCACAUCCUUGGCAUGAUCUUGAAAUUGGACCUGGAGCUCCCCAGAUUUUUAAUUGUGUUGUUGAGAUAACAAAAGGAAGUAAGGUCAAAUAUGAACUUGACAAGAAGACAGGACUUAUUAAGGUUGAUCGGGUUUUGUAUUCAUCAGUGGUAUAUCCUCAUAACUAUGGUUUCAUUCCCCGAACUUUGUGUGAAGACAAUGAUCCAUUGGAUGUCUUGAUCCUCAUGCAGGAGCCAGUACUUCCUGGAUGUUUUCUGCGAGCCAAGGCCAUUGGAUUAAUGCCCAUGAUUGACCAGGGAGAGAAAGAUGAUAAGAUCAUUGCAGUUUGUGCUGAUGAUCCAGAGUACAAGCAUUAUAAUGACAUCAAAGAGCUUCCUCCUCACCGCCUUUCUGAGAUCCGCCGUUUCUUUGAAGACUACAAGAAAAACGAGAACAAGGAGGUUGCAGUGAAUGAGUUCUUACCUUCAGAGACUGCACAUGAAGCUAUACAGUACUCAAUGGACCUUUAUGCUGAGUACAUUCUGCACACCCUGAGGCGAUGACCGUGCAGGCCAUUUUUUAUCAAUUCUUCACUUCCGGAUUCGUAUUAAUAAGCCGUUCUUAACAGCGGUAGUUGAAUAUGGAUGACAGACCUCAUUUAUUUCUUUAGUAUAACUUGAAUGAUUAUUGUUGUUGCUAUUCUUAAACUAGGAAGGAUUAUCAGACUAUUAUCUCUGCUGGUAUGCUUUAUCUAGCAGUAAUUGAUCAUUAUUCUGGUUUGUAGAACCACCAAUAGCUUGAAAAUUGUAAUGCAAGUGGUUUUAUAGACAAUCAAUUUUCUUCUUUUGU